AUGCAAAUUGUUCUUUUUCUUUUGGCUAUUAUUUGGACUGUCCCCCAGACUUUCGCAAAGGAUUCGUGUGCGGGGCAGCCAUUUGGAUCUAGAGCUAUCGACCCGCAGGAUCCUUACUCGUAUGUCCUUUGCCUGGGUCUGCUGGGUCAGAUAAAGAGCACAUGCCAGGAUGGACUUAAGUUCGAUGCCGUUUCUCAGGCCUGUGUUGUAGAAAAGAAAGAACUGCAGCCUUCCAAGAAAGAAACCAAAAAUGAACUUAAAAUCGAACAAGAAAUUAAGGUUGACAGGCCAGUGAUCUUCAACAUUUUUGGUAAUUUAAAUUUCUUCGGAAGCUUAUGGGGCUCUUCUCAAGAAGUCACACCAUCGCCUCUAACUGGGCAUUCCGUCGCACAACUGCAGUUCUCCAACCUCGCAGCGGAAGUUCAUCCUCAAUCUUCCAUAAUUAACAUCAAAAAUAUCAAUAAUUCGAACGUGACUUCCAAGGACCAAGCAUUUGGUUCCGAGAAACAUUCAUCUUUCGAGUCAUUUUCAGAGGAAAAUGUUUCUUCCACGGAAAUCCCAGAUUCGGAGACAUCUACAGAGGAAACCCUUUCCUCCUCGGAACCAUCUCUGGACAACAAUGAACAUGAUUACCUAGCUAUAGACUCAGGAUCCUCCGAAAGUACAACAGAAGAGAAUGGAAUCUCAGAAAUAUCAACCACUGAAGGAGCGCUGGAGAGUUCAACUGAGGGUGGCAUUCCUGGUUCUGAAAGCCCAUUAAAUGAAGAAUUAUUCCUAGAAAUUGCUGGCACAACUGAAGAGGAUAAUAACAGCUUGGAGAACCCAACCACAGAACCAUCGCCUGAAAGUACAACUGAAGACAGUAUUUCUAGUUCAGUGAACCCAUUGGAGUUUAAUCCAUUUCUAGAAAUAUUGCCUGAAAGUUUCACUGAAGAGAGUUUAUCAUCAUCCGAAAAUCCAUCCACUGACUCCACUUUGGAAGAUAAUGCUUUUUCUGAAAAUCAAAGCACUGAACCCUCACUUGAAAGUACAACUGAAGACAGUAUUUCAAGUUCUGUAAACCCUUUGGACUUUGAUUUGUUUCUAGACAUAUCCCCAGAAAGUUCUACUGAGGAGAGUAUAUCUUCAUCCGAAAAUUUAUCCACUGACUCCACUUUGGAAGAUAAUGCUUUUUCUGAAAAUCAAAGCACUGAACCCUCACUUGAAAGUACAACUGAAGACAGUAUUUCAAGUUCUGUAAACCCUUUGGACUUUGAUGUAUUUCUAGACAUAUCCCCAGAAAGUUCUACUGAGGAGAGUAUAUCUUCAUCCGAAAAUCCAUCCACUGACUUCACUUUGGAAGAUAAUGCUUUUUCUGAAAAUCAAAGCACUGAACCCUCACUUGAAAGUACAACUGAAGACAGUAUUUCAAGUUCUGUAAACCCUUUGGACUUUGAUUUAUUUCUAGACAUAUCCCCAGAAAGUUCUACUGAGGAGAGUAUAUCUUCAUCCGAAAAUUUAUCCACUGACUCCACUUUGGAAGAUAAUGCUUUUUCUGAAAAUCAAAGCACUGAACCCUCACUUGAAAGUACAACUGAAGACAGUAUUUCAAGUUCUGUAAACCCUUUGGACUUUGAUGUAUUUCUAGACAUAUCCCCAGAAAGUUCUACUGAGGAGAGUAUAUCUUCAUCCGAAAAUCCAUCCACUGACUCCACUUUGGAAGAUAAUGCUUUUUCUGAAAAUCAAAGCACUGAACCCUCACUUGAAAGUACAACUGAAGACAGUAUUUCAAGUUCUGUAAACCCUUUGGACUUUGAUUUAUUUCUAGACAUAUCCCCAGAAAGUUCUACUGAGGAGAGCCCAACAACAGAACUAUCAUCUGAAAGUACAACUGAAGACAGUAUCUCUAGUUCAGUGAACCCAUUGGAAUUUAAUCCAUUUCUAGAAAUAUUGCCAGAAAGUUCUACUGAAGAGAGUAUAUCUUCAACCGAAAAUCCAUCCACUUUAGAAGAUAAUGUUUACUCCAGUUCCUCCAUUUCCAGUUCAGAAAAUCAUUUGGUCAAUGAGCCAUCUGAAGAAAGUACUACCCAGGAGAAUAAUGAUAGCUCUGAAAGUCCUGUAACUGAACCGUCUCUGGAAAGUACAACAGAGGAAAGCAAUUCCAGUUCGGAGAAUCCUUUGGUCACUGAGCCAUCUGAAGAAAGUACAACCCAGGAGGAUAAUGGUAAUAGCUCUGAAAGUCCUGUAACUGAACCGUCUCUGGAAAGUAAAUCUGAGGAAAGUAUUUCUAGUUCAGAGAAUUCCUUGGUCACUGAGCCGUCUGAAGAAAGUACAACUCAGGAGGACAAUGGUAGCACUCCAGUUACAGUCACUGAACCGUCUCUUACAACUACAACCGAGGAGGAUAAUGGCAGCUCUGUAAGUCCAGUUACUGAACCGUCUCUUACAACUACAAACGAGGCGAAUAAUGGUAAUGGCGGCUUGAAGUCAAAGGAAUGGUCUGGUAAGAAACCAAAGGAGGUGAAUGCCACGGUCUGCACCAACCUGCCCAAUGGAGUCUUUUUGCGAGAUCCCACAUCUUGCAACAAGUUCUAUAUCUGCCUCAACGAGAAGCCCAUGCCUGGCAGUUGUCCCAGUAAACUGAACUUUGACAUCAAGAACAAGGUUUGUAAUUAUCCCAGGUUGGUGGACUGCUCCGUCGAUGAGAUACCAGAGGUAGUGACUAAAAAGCCAUCUGAAGAUAAUACCGUGCCCGACUGCAGGUUCCUGCAUAAUGGUGCUUAUAUAAGAGACCCCAAGUCUUGCAGCAAGUUCUACGUUUGUGCCAAUGGUCGCGCCAUAGCCCGGGAAUGUCCUCGAGGACUGUACUUUGACUUUACGCUCAAUUUCUGCAACUAUCCUGGCCAGGUUCAGUGCUCCAUUGGCGAGAGUUCGUCAGGAUCUCAUCGCCCUCUGAGUAGAGCCAGUCUUCCGGAUUGCAGCAAAGCCGUAGAUGGAACUAGAUUUGGAGACAUCAAGAUGCGCAAUAAGUACUAUUCCUGUCUGAAGGGAAAGGCAAUCCUCAACUACUGCAGUCCAGGAAAGUGGUUCGACGCCGACAAACAGAAAUGUAUCCUUCGAGGUUGAUGAUUUUAAUCAAGGACUAGCCAUAAUCUGAGCUCAACUAUAAGAGCUGUAAUCUAGUUAUAGGAAAAUGGUGAUGGGGUAUAUAUACAUAAAAAUGGGUAAAUGGGUAACAUAAAGUCUAUUAUUUUAAUGUGGUUACUGGAACAUACAACAAUUGCAAGUUGUCUCGAUCAGACUACUGUUUAAAAACGAAUAAAGAACUUACACACGAUAA